CCAGGCUUGCAUCUUGAUUGCGCUGCGCUGCACAUGAUCCUCGUGCUCCUUUUGUCGUCGGAGCGCCUCCUGCUCCGCGAGGGAACCGUCCAAUAGAGGCUCUCUUCUCGUCCAGACGUCCCUAAGGUUGUCUACGUGCAAAAACUGAGGGGUCUGGGGCGCACGAAGGCGAGAAGAAAUGAGGUGGACGUGACACAAUGACAUGAUGAAGAGCCUGGUGGGGAUCAUGUGGAUAGUGUUGGUGCUCAUAUCAGGAUGCUCAGGAAAUCCAGACGCGAAGCGAUUGUACGACGACCUCUUGUCGAAUUACAACAAGCUGGUUCGUCCAGUGGUCAACGUCACAGACGCCCUCACCGUUAAAAUAAAGCUCAAGCUCUCGCAGCUCAUCGAUGUGAAUUUGAAGAAUCAGAUCAUGACGACGAACCUCUGGGUCGAGCAGUCAUGGUAUGAUUACAAGCUGAAAUGGGAUCCGAAGGAGUACGGUGGAGUGGAGAUGCUGCAUGUGCCGUCAGAUCACAUAUGGAGGCCCGAUAUAGUUUUAUACAACAACGCCGAUGGUAACUUCGAGGUGACGCUGGCGACGAAGGCGACCCUCAACUUCACGGGCAGGGUCGAAUGGAAGCCGCCGGCGAUUUAUAAGUCUUCCUGCGAGAUCGACGUCGAAUAUUUUCCCUUCGACGAGCAGACGUGCGUGAUGAAAUUCGGCUCGUGGACUUAUGACGGCUUCCAGGUCGAUCUUCGACACAUCGACGAGGUACGAGGCAGCAAUGUCGUCGACAUCGGCGUCGAUCUGUCGGAGUUUUAUACUUCCGUCGAGUGGGAUAUACUAGAAGUCCCUGCUGUAAGAAACGAAAAGUUUUACACGUGUUGUGACGAGCCUUACCUCGACAUCACUUUCAACAUCACCAUGAGACGGAAGACUCUAUUCUACACCGUUAACCUCAUAAUACCCUGCAUGGGGAUAUCAUUCCUCACGGUGUUGGUGUUUUACUUGCCAAGCGACAGUGGAGAGAAGGUCAGCUUGUCCAUCUCGAUUCUAUUGUCACUGACUGUGUUCUUCCUCUUGCUGGCCGAGAUCAUCCCGCCUACGUCGCUCGUGGUACCGCUUCUUGGUAAAUUCGUCCUGUUCACUAUGAUCCUCGACACCUUCAGCAUAUGCGUAACAGUGGUGGUCCUGAAUGUGCACUUCCGUUCGCCGCAGACCCACGUAAUGUCGCCGUGGGUCCGACGUGUGUUCAUCCACGUGCUGCCGAGGCUGCUGGUAAUGCGCAGGUAUAAUACGCCAUCGCAGAGAACCGAUUACGAUUCCAGGCCGCAGUACCAGAUAGAUAAGCGUAGCAUGGGCGGGCAUCAUGGGCAUCGCGUGAUGGUCAGAACGUGCAACGGUCUCGAACUGCGAGACCCAUCACUGUUCGUCGAGUCCUCGGCCUCGGAGCUGGUCGAGUCCUCCGUGCUCUUUCCUAGUGUCGACUCACGGGAUGAGCUGCAUCCUCGGGAGUUGGAAGCAGUAAAUUUAGGAAGCACGUGCCGUAUCCACGGUUCGCCAGCGGCAACGGCCGCGCCGCCGCCGCAGCUUCCGACGGAGGAGAGCGUCGACGCUCUCUGCAACACGCUUCACCAUUGGCAUCACUGCCCAGAACUAUACAAGGCCAUAGAAGGCAUCCGCUUCAUCGCCGAUCAUACGAAGAGAGAAGAGGAUUCUACUAGAGUCAAGGAGGAUUGGAAGUACGUCGCGAUGGUUCUCGACAGACUAUUCCUCUGGAUAUUUACGUUAGCCGUGGUCGUCGGCACAGCUGGGAUUAUACUGCAGGCGCCGACCUUGUACGACGAUCGCAUCCCCAUCGACGUACGGCUCUCCGAAAUCGCCUCCACCACUGCCAAGCCACACAUCGUCACGAGCCUCUGAGGGACAAUUACUAAUUGCAUUAAUGCCGCGCGCGUAAACCACGUAUACAAACAUAUACACAACCUAUUACUAUUAUUAACUACAUCGACUACAGGCGACAAGCGAAACGUUAUUGGCGUCCGAAAGACUGAAGCCUCGCUAGGUCUUCGACUUUUGCAUGCAGUGCGUGUCGUUCGAUUUUGCGCAUUCGCGCCGCUGCCGAACGGAGAAUUCUUACUAUUGUUAACCCGCUAACCGUCGGACUUUUAUUUUUCACUUUUAAUUGAUGGUAUGAGAAAAAAAUUAUUACUAAUUAAUUAUAUGAAAAGUAAAAGGUUGCUUGGUUUCCACAAAGGAAACGGUGACUAAUGGGUUAAGGCGAUGUGAAUUUCUUCACUUUUCAAUUUCGCGCAACACAUAGUAAUAUUCGUUAAUUAAAAGAUUUCUGCGCAGUUACAUGUGAGAGAACUAAAAAUAACGUCGAUUUAUUUUUGUCGUAAAUUCUAAAUUUUCAAAAUUAGAAAUCAGAUUGAUUUCAGCAGUCCUACUUUCCAAUAUCUUCUUCCUCGAUUAUUAAGAAUUGUCAUAUUGCCGUUUAUAAACGAAAUAAGCGAAAUACGCUUACGUAUUAAUUAAUUGUGGCCUAUAGGGGGUAGCGAUUCGUAGUCACGCGUUGAUUUUGUCGUCUUACUAAGAAUUCCCGAGCCACAGCGGGAGAUGAGCUUCCCGCGCACAGGAGGUGAUAGAGGAAGGAGUAACACGACGAAAAGAAUACGGCUGCGUUCCGUUUGGCGCUUACAGCUGAUUACAGCGCUCACAAAAUCAUUUCAUCCUUGUUGUUUAUCAAAUGUUAAACAAAGACAAAUGAUGCUUGUAAGCGCCAAGAGGAACGCAGCCUAUGUCUCAACCAUUUGCACGCUGAUUGCGUUUGAUUCCGUGUAGCACAUGGACGGUGUAAGAAGUUCACAAUGUGUAGGUAAUACAGUCCGAUGAACGCGAGACAGAUCUUCUUAUUUCUCGAAUUAUGAUCGGAGGAAAAUUGAAACUUAUCGCGCGGAUCGAUAAAACGUACAAUUAUAAGAUGAAAUAAAGAUUGGCUUAAAACAAAGAAUCUAAACGAAGAUAUGCAAUACGGAAUUUACAGCCAUCAUCAGCUCGUAUUUUGGCCUGCAUAUAUCUGCGUUUAGAUUUAUGCGAUUAUCUUUUACAGUUUUUUUUUAAAUAUUUUAUAUACGUUUAAGAUAUAAAUUUUACCGAAUUCAAUAUAUUUAUUUGUUACUGAUCAAGUUGUCUGUUCCAAAAGAAGGGAUUGUUUGCGUUAUCUAAUAAUACCUUCAUCUUGCACGUAUAAAGUAACAAGUUCGAAUGAUAAGAAGAGCUAGCUUAAUUAUCAUCGGAUUCAGAUGCGGCCUGUUUCGCGACUAGGAAAAUAUAAUGAAGUUUAAUAAAAGAAAUGAAUAUAUAGUAGGUAAAAAGGGAGGACAAAACACGUAUAUACUGUAGAAUUAAUUCAAAAAGAUCUUAACACAGUGCGAUUUCGUGCCAGUUGCGUUUUGUAGAGAUCGCGACAACGAGAUCCGUCUCACAUCACCCUACCAUCCUCUGCCAGUUAACGUUAUAGAGGGACACACUCUUGAACAUACGAGACCCAAGCAAUAAAUUGACUACCCCCGAGCACAUGUUGUUAGAUCGCUCUCGUACAAGAGACGUACGCGAGUACUUUUGGAAAAGGGGCGAGAAGGGGCGGGAGAAAAAGAGGAAGUGGCGAUUGCGCGAAAGAUGCAAGUGGCGCGAAGUCGUACGAAGCCUGUUGCAGACUCAGGAACAAAAUAAGAGGAAUAUUAUAUUUCCCAACACUACAUCGAGCCUGUAACAAUGGGGCCAUAUUUUCACAAAGAACGAAAGUGCGUGUUCUCUCUAUAUUUAAAGAAAUUAAAGUAAAUGAAAAAUGAAAUUCUAAAUAUCUGCAUCGAUUAACACGGCGCAGAGUUACGGGUUGGGCCUAAAAGAGAGGGGGGGGGGGGGGGGAAAAAAGGAGAGGAAGUUUAGAGGACUCAACUUUUAUUGCUCAUAAUGUAUAUGUUUGUAAUAAGAGUAACUUUCGUAAAUUGCAUUUGUUCCAGCACCAUCCCGCACCGGCCGGACGUGGCGGGCAUUUAUUAAACGGAUUUGAUGGAAUAUAUGAUAUAACGAUAACGAGAAUUGUUUCAUAGUGUUUCCCACCGCAUAAUUUUUAUCGUCUUCCUGCCCCGAAUACCAUUAUAAAUUUCAAUUCGUUUCGACACACGGCGGCGCCCGCCGCCAUCCUUGCCAAAAAAAAAAAAAAGAGAAAAAGGAAACAAUAAAUGUUACAAACGCGAUAAUUUAUUAUUAGCGUGACACAUAACACAUGUAAUCGUGGAUUAUAUGAGAUAGUAGAUCGCCGUGUUUGAUACUUUGUACGUUUCGAUAUAAUUUAGUACGAAAAAAAAAGACUCUUUAGUGCGUAUACCAGCGCGCGAUUAUAAAGAAUUUUAAUUAUAGGUAGAUAAUUUACCUGGUGGAUGUAAAUUGUAAGUUUUAUUAAUCCUACAAUGUAUCAUUUUGGAAUCGAAAUAUAAUAAUUUUGUCGAUAAAUAA